AUGAACUUUUACCGUGAUGCGACGUGGGUGCUAGAGUAUGUGGAAAAAGUGGAAACAGAAGGUCGAGUUGCUGGCUCAUUGCAAACCUUAGUGCUGAAUUCUUGUAAGAAGUAUAACCUAAAGACAAAUCCCAAACACAUCUACGCUGCGGUAAGCUCUUGCUGGCUUCAUAGAGAAUUUCUCGAUACUGUGCUUAAGCGCUCGGGGAUCUUGAAAGACAUUCCAAACAAGAAAGGACAGCCGGCCUUCAGUAAGAUCACGAUCAAAUUGCUAGUUCACGACCUCCUCUUCUCCAAGAGCAAGCGAAUUCAGAUGGGUAAACACCCAAUUAAAGAAUUUGUAUUAAAACAUAAAACCCGUUUGAAUAGCGAGCUGGUACGUCUUAAGCUCAAGCUAAAGGUCACUGACGUCAAACAAUUAAUCAAAGACGACUCUGCUGAUAUUACUCCUGUGAGAUGGAUUCGGAUCAAUCCAGUACGAACCCGCGAUAAGAUGAAAGAGGUUCUAGCAGAAUUAGAGAAAAAAUUUCCAACGAGAGUUUCAUCUUGGAGCGAAAUCAUACCUGGCACGAUUUAUCACGAUGAAUACGUUCCUAACCUUUUCGGUGUGCAUCCGGGAGACAAAAUUACCUCGCAUGAGCUGUACAGAACUGGAAAAAUCAUCAUUCAAGAUCGUGCCUCGUGUUUCCCAGCGCAUAUUUUGAACCCGAAUCAAUCCGACGUAAUAAUUGACGCAUGCGCGGCUCCUGGUAAUAAGACCACGCAUGUUGCAGCACAUAUCUUCCAGGAUCAGGAACCUGAAGAAGUACGCAUUCACGCAUUCGAGAAAGAUCCCGAAAGAGCCAAGACUUUGCGCACUAUGAUCAAAGCAGCAGGAUGCACGAAGGGUAUUGAUGUUCAUGUUGGUGAUUUUACGAAAAUCGCUAAACCAUCUGCUUUCCCGAACGUUACAGGAUUUAUUAUGGACCCAAGUUGCUCUGGGAGUGGCAUCUUUGGAAGGAAAGUUAUGGAUGAGCACAACAAAAGCAAAGAAGAGACCAACGUUGUAGCGUCAGAACAAGAAGAGGAGCAUGAAGACAUAAAAGACGAGGAUCUCAAGAACAGGCUAGCCAAACUUUCUUCUUUUCAAUUUGAAAUUGUGAGAUAUGCUCUUUCUUUCCCCAGUGCCAAAAAACUUGUAUACAGCACUUGCUCAGUGCAUGCCGAGGAAAACGAACGCAUCGUUAUUGACUUGCUUUUAGACGCUAAGGUCAAAGAGUCGGGGUGGCGUGUAAGAAAAAGAGCUGGUGUACUUCCUGCGUGGCCAAGAAGAGGACUUUUGAAUGAGUUUGAAGAAGUCUUCCAUGACAAAGAAGUGGCGCAGGAUUUGGCAGAAGGAUGCAUUAGGGUGCUUCCAAAGGAAGAUGGCGGAAUCGGCUUUUUUGCAGUAUGCUUCGAGCGUGAUUGA